GGACAAAAACGGCACUGCACGUAAUCAGUUUCACUUUCCUUACGGCGUAAGGCUUACGCUGUGAGGAAAAGAAUGACCAUCUUUAAAUGUUAGCGAAAGAAGACUACCGAUCGUGGAGCAUUUGUAAGAUGGCAGAGCAAGGCAGGACCAUCCGGGUGAAGAAUCUCCCCACAGACAUUGAACAUAACAGGCUGAAAGACAAGUUAUUCAUCCACUUUCUAAGACAGAGGAAUGGAGGAGGGGAAAUAGACUCUGUCGUCAUAGACAGAGCCGGAUCUGCCCUCAUUACAUUUGAGGACAGUGGAGCGGCACAAAGAAUUAUUCAGCGCAGCCAGCACACUCUGGAAGUGGAUGAGAAGAAGUACAGAGUCACAGCAACAGAGCAUCGAGAACGUUUGGAGCCAGACCAGGUCAUCUUGAGCCUAACUGCCACUGUGGAUUGCAGCCUUCUUCCUGGGGGAAUCACGGCUCUGAUCGAUCUUUCUAAGAGUCAUGAUGUCCAGGCUAACUUCACUGAAGUCCGAAAUUGCUAUUCACUGCAAGGCUCCUACUCCGCGGUGCAAUCAGCCUUAACUCAACUACUUGGACAUAGUGGUGGUCCAGAGUCAGCAGAUAAAAAUUCAUCCGAUCUGUCUGCGCCAAGCGGUUCCCGCUCCGUUCAGACACCCCAGAUGACUCAUGCCAAAGUCUCUGAAGAUAAACCUCUUAAGCAAAGAGAAAAACAUCCCAAUGGGAAGACAUCUGAUGGGAAAUCUGGUGGCAAGGACAUAAACGAGAACAGCCGACCUGACAGUGCUGCUCUGCAGCCUCCGUCCACAUCUGCUGAGGAAUCCACUCUUAUCAUGGAUGCAGAUAUGUUUCAGUAUCUACACAAACUCUGCAGGAAGGAAUUCCAGGACAUCCUGGAUCGGUACAACAUAGAGGCUGUAGACGCGACAAGCCAAGGCCUGACCACGCUGCUUCUCAAAGCUACAGAGACAAAGAAGGGCGGAGAGCAGGACCGCUUGAGACGAGCGAAACAGGCUAUAAGUCAGCUUUACCUGGACAAUGAGCGUCAAAUCUGCCGAGAGCAGCUCUCGAAGCGGAUCCUGUUUGGAGACCUGCAAAAAGCCAUGAAGGUUUUAAGCUCUAAAUUUCCAAAACUUCUUCUGAAUGAGGAUGAGCAAAACCUCUACAUUAUCGGGAGCAGCAGCGACAUAUCUGAGGCAAAAUACUACCUUCAAGUAGAAGGCGGCAAGAAAUGGAAACAAGCUCCAGGUUUUCUGGAUCCUAAGACUCCCGUUUCACCUUUUGCGGUUGAAGAAAGAAGCCCUGUCAUCGCAAGAUCAGCUGAAGGAUCUCACAAUAAAAAAUUGAAGCUGACAUUGAGAUCAUCAGAAAAAGAAAAGAAAGGGGAAACCCCAAAAACGUAUAAACUAGCCGCUCGAUUUAAAGACUCGGGGAUAGCUGGUUUAGGGGAUCGCCCACCAGACUUCACUACCCAAACCAACUCACUGACCAGUAAACAAGCGCAGAUCAGGUCUUCCACAGGGUACGAUGUUCCGGCAGAAAUACCAGUCAUCUCAGACAAAGAAUUCCCCAGGGUUUUAUCCCAAAACACUGGUGAAGACAUCCUAUUUAAAAGUAGAAAAACAGCGUCUCCUUUUAUGGUGGAGACAUUAUCACAGAGCAAAGACAAAAUCGAUUCCACUCCUAUAAAUUCAGAAUACCAGCUUAGUCCUCGUCUAUCCAGUCUGUCAGGAGGCUUCGCACCGUCCCCUCCUGGGUCUGGACACUCACUGAGGCGAGCCAGCAGUUUUUCUGGAACCCCUCAGGAGAAGUCUCCAAAAAGUUCUGAGGAUUCUAGUAAACUGUCAGUCAGAGGGAGGUCCUCCAGCUUCAGUGGUAAAACAGAAAAACCGAAGCAGCAGGUCCAUAGUGAAGAGAUUUCAGAGAUUUCUCAGGUGAUGUGGCUCCACAUUAAGGAUGCGUACAAGACUCGUGUGGAGGACUUGACCUCUGAUAUCCAAAUGAAACAGCGCGUCUCUCCGGACAACAGAAAUCUGACUCUCAUAUUAACAGGAGCAGAUUUAUCUAAAGUCAUGUUAUGUAAGCAACGUUUGCAGAAGUUGGUAGACUCCGUUCGCUCAGAUUUCUCAUUAAAAAGGGUCGCUGUGUCAGAUCUGGGUGUCUCUGACAUGGCCGAUGAAAAUAUACAGGCUUGUUUAUCUGAGAUAAAGAAUUCAUUUAAGAAGGUUAGCGUCCACAUUCUGGACCAGUGCUUCUUUCUUCUUGGUCCAAAGGAGAUGUGCUCUCAAAUUUGUGCCACACUAUUAGAGGUAUUUAAAAGAGACCCUGGACAACACCACUACUCAUAUCCCUCUUUAGGUCAAAGCAAUAGUCUAGACCUUCACAACAACCCCCAAAGGAUCCCAGAGACCCAAACUGCCAAAGCUAAUUGGACCCAUGAAAGUCUGCAAUGGAAAACAACCUACAGUAGCGACUAUGGUAGAAAGGAGUUUGCAAAUGGAUCCUUGCAUUUAUCUCCAGUAACAAAGGAAUACAUAUCCAGGGAGAAAGUGAGCUCUCCAUCUGUAGCAGAGGCACAAGACAACAAGAGAAGGAGAUCUCCACAUGGAGAUGUCUCUGUAACAAGUAGGGAUGCAUGUACAGGUUCUGUCAAUGGCACAGCCCCAAGAAUAACCGAGAAAGAAAGAACAGCAGCUGAUACCCAGAGGAAUGGUUCAAGGCAGAUGCAUACAGAAAUGGAGAAUCCUCUAGACCAACAUUGUUCAAGUCAGAGCAAUCCAGUGGGCUCUUGUCCCUGUGGGGAGAAAAUGGUGUCACUGGCGAGAACUAAAUGUGGGGUCAUCAUGUGCCAAAAGUGCUUGGAAAAAUAUCACACCAGAUGCAGAGUUUGUCCAGAGACAGACCUGACACCCCAAAACAUCCAGGGUAAGAUGAAGAUGUCCAAACUGAACAUGAAGUUACCAGGUUACAACCAGUAUGGUGUUAUCAAGGUCACCUACAGCAUUCCUGAUGGGUUUCAAGGGGAGAGUCAUCCAUCUCCUGGAAAACCAUUUAGGGGAGGAACAUUUGAGGCCUUCUUCCCGAACUGCGAUACGGUACAACAGCUGCUUCCCAGGCUACAUAAAGCCUUCAAAAAGGGACUCACCUUUACAGUGAAAGGCAAGGAAACAGAUGCUAAGGUGGACUGGAACUGCAUCCCACACAAGACCAGCUUAUGUGAGGGCAAAGCAAAAGGUGGAUACCCUGAUUCAAACUACCUAACCCAUUUGACUGAAACCCUUGAGAGAUACGGAAUUGCGUAACAAACAGCAAUGUCUUAUUUAAAGCUUUUAGAGAAGUAUUUUUGUUGUUUUUAUAGCAGAUUUUAAUUACUUCAAUAUGGACUGAAUAUCCUGUCAAUUGUAGAAAUUCUAUGAUGAUAUUUAAUUAUCAUCAUACUGAUCCAGACUUUAUUUCAGGUCGCAGGAUUUUGUCCUCAAAAGUUUCUUAAAGCUUACUAUUUUAAUUUAGUGUAAAAUAAAUGAAAAUGUUAUUUUUCUGAGUUUUUUUUAAUGAAACAAAGUUUUCACACAAUAUUUUGUGCACAACACUUUUUUAAGGAAAGAAAUAAUAUUGUUGUAAGAUAUGUGUAAAAUUUGUCUAAUAAAUCACACAUUUUGUGCUUGAUUGCUCCUCAAAGCAGGCACAGAAAUAAAAAAAAAAGUGAAUUUUUGUUAUGCUUUUGUUUUAUUAGUCCUGGAAAACAUGUAAGGCAUAUGGUAACAUUACACACUGAAGCGUUACAAGCUCUAAAGACCAUGUGGACAACAUGGCACCACGCAGUAAACCCAGAGUCAAGCACAGAAGCAGCAUCAAUUCAAAGGGUUUAAAAAACAAAGUUGUUUGCUAGAAGUGUGUUUGCAGCCAUGAGACAAACCUAAAGCUUCAACACAGGAACAGACAGGUAAAUGGAAAUUGAGAAAUGAACCUGUUGGGUAUGUCUUGCAAAAGAUUACUGAACACUAGUGGGGGUGUAUUAUGGGAUGGAGGUGAAGCAAGUUUCUAAAGC